AUACACUCAUGACAGUGAGCAGCUGCAACCUCUGCCCCGUUUCCCAUCAUGCACUGCCAUGCCGGCUACCCUGUGAGGGUCUUAAACAACAGGAAGCAGUGAAAGAGGAACUUUGAAACCUUCAGCACGAGCAUCUGCUUUUCUCCUCACGUUGUCACCGUUCCCGCCGUCAUCCACGCCACACCCGCCAAACGCUCGCGAAGGCCAGAGAGUGCCACCCAGCUGCCCGUAACUUUAACCGGAACGAUGAAGAGGAUCGCCGCCUUCCUCAGCGUUUUUGGAGGGCUCCUCCUCUUCGGUCUCUUAGCGGAAGGUGGGCAGAACCCAGACUACAUGCUGCACGGCACCGGGGUGAAACACGGCUCAGAUCCGAAAAGAGGCCAGCCGGCAGACGGCUCGACGGUGGCCCCUGAAGACGCAGCGCGGUUCCUCAGCUGUUACUGCUCAGGGCACUGUCCAGAGGACGCAGUCAACAACACCUGCGAGACCAACGGCCAGUGUUUUGCCAUCAUAGAGGAGGACGAGCAUGGGGAGGCGAUUCUCACGUCUGGCUGUAUGAAAUAUGAGGGGUCGCACUUUCAGUGUAAGGACUCUCCGAACGCCCAGACACGCAGGACCAUAGAGUGUUGUGACACUAACUUCUGUAACCGGGAUCUGCAGCCCACUCUCCCUCCUGUCGUCAUACAAGAUCAGAGUGCCCAUUGGCUUGCUUUCCUCAUUUCAGUCACUGUGUGCUGUUUCACCCUUAUAGUCAUCACAGUCACUUGUUACUUCAGGUAUAAACUGCAGACUGCACGCAGACGCUAUCAGAGAGACUUGGAGCAGGAUGAGGCUUUCAUUCCUGUGGGAGAGUCUCUGAAAGACCUCAUCAGCCAGUCCAGCACUGGCUCCGGCUCAGGGCUCCCCCUGCUGGUCCAGCGCACCAUCGCUAAACAGAUCCAGAUGGUGCGUCAGAUCGGUAAGGGGAGGUACGGGGAGGUGUGGCUGGGCCGGUGGAGAGGGGAGAAGGUGGCGGUGAAGGUGUUCUUCACACGCGAGGAAACCAGCUGGUUCAGAGAGACGGAGAUUUACCAAACGGUCCUGAUGAGGCACGAGAACAUUCUGGGCUUCAUUGCAGCAGACAUUAAGGGCACCGGAGCCUUUACUCAGCUCUUCCUGAUCACAGACUACCACGAGAACGGUUCUCUGUACGACUACCUGAAGUUCACCACGCUGGAUACGGCGGCCCUGCUGCGGCUGGCCUACUCCGCCGCCUGCGGCCUGUGCCACCUGCACACGGAGAUCUACGGCACGCAGGGCAAACCUGCCAUCGCCCACCGAGACCUGAAGAGCAAGAACAUCCUGGUGAAGAAAAACGGAACCUGCUGCAUCGCCGACCUGGGCCUGGCCGUCAAAUACAACAGUGACACUAAUGAGGUGGAUGUUCCUCUGAGCACACGUAUGGGAACCAGACGGUACAUGGCCCCUGAGGUCUUAGACCAGACCCUAAACAAGAGCCAGUUCCAGGCCUACAUUAUGGCCGACAUCUACAGCUACGGCCUUGUCGUCUGGGAGAUGGCCCGCAGAUGUGUGACAGGAGGCAUUGUAGAGGAGUACCAGCUGCCCUACUGGGACAUGGUCCCCUCAGACCCGUCCUACGAGGACAUGCGGGAGGUGGUUUGCGUUAAGGGCUUACGACCAACCGUGUCCAAUCGCUGGAACAGCGAUGAGUGUUUAAGGGCCGUACUGAAACUAAUGUCUGAAUGCUGGGCUCCUAAUCCAGCGUCACGCCUCACAGCUCUCAGAAUCAAAAAGACGCUUGCUAAAAUGGUGGAAUCUCAGGACAUUAAAAUAUGA